AUGGAGCAAGUCACUGCUGGAGCGUCUGAACUUGAAAUAGCCUGCCCUGCUCUUCAUGCCUAUGCCGAGGCUUUCGACGACAUUGUCUCCUAUAUCCAUCAAAUUCGCAUAGAACCGCUUUCCGGUACCGAAAUCGAUGUUACGAAAUCCUUCGCUGGUCCUUUUACCAGUGGCGGCUUGCUGGUAAUUCUACUGGAGCCGCUCCACGGACAUCGCUGGCAUGACGGGUCCCACGUUGUCAUAUCAAAUUGUCCAUCACUAAGCGCGUUGGAUGAGGGACUUCGAGUCAUUUCAAAUGGCACAUUGAGCAUAUUGCACUGUGUUUCGCUCCUUGAUCUGAGACCGUUCAUAUGCCUGUCGCAAAACAGUCGCCUUACAGACCGCGAGCGUGAGAAGUUAUACUAUUUGGUCAUAAACGCGAUUGAGGCGAAGAAGCCAGACGUUAUCUUAUGCAUGGGUAAGGAACCCAAAAGUACACUAUUGGAACGUGGGGCCCAGUUCUCGGAUGAAUUUAAGAAACACGCCGAGUGGGUCUAUGCGAUGCAUCCAAGCCACUCAGUUAAUUACAACUCGGGUGAUAUCAUCUUGCGCACGCAGCUCCUCAAUUCUAUCGCUGAAUCCUGUUACAAGUUACACGCGAAGAACCCCAAACUGGUCCCCGCCCCUACAGGCUGUAGUGAUCCUUAUGGGCACUUGAGACUGAUGCCAUUCAGCGAGAGCCCGCGGAAUACGCGAUGGGUCGAAAUCCUUCUCCAAAGCCUUAUCGUUCUCUGUCUCCGUCCACGUCACCAACUUCCGGCCGCGACUCUCGAUAAGAAUGCCUACUACAAACUCUUAAGCUGGCACGAAGACUAUUUUGUACACAUACUUGAAAAUCGAGACGUCAAAGACGACCAAGCAACGAAGAUUGCAGCCCAUCUAAUUCCUUUAUUCAGGCGCUUGAACACGAGCGUGAGAACGACAUCCUGGUAUCUACAGACCUAUGAUGCAAAUUGGGGGAAUAUCGCAGACGUCCUUAGCGACGGCCUUGCAAUCCUUGAAGAUGUCUGUGGUUUGCUUGAUAAUAACCACUUUCAUGGAACCUAUGGGAAUGAUGAAAACGCGGAGUCACUCGCUACGGACCGCAGCAGCGAUAUACUUUCACGCGGUAAGUGCAUUACUAUUCGCAUCGCAGCCUUGGUUGAUGGUUCCCCGCGACUUGAGAGAAACAUGCGAUGGAUAAAAAUUGCCAGUCGGGGGGUGGAAGCAUGA